AUGGCAUCCCCACACAAAGACAAAUUAUCGCCGGGAUGGGUUGACCAGAACAAAAAUGAACUGAAUGCCUCUCAUCAGUCAAGUCCCUUUGGAAAUCCUGCCCAGACAAAUGCUUCCACAAAGAAUAAUAGCCCAGUCGCGUCUCAGGAAGAAAACAACUCUCCUCAUCAUGAGAUAGUUGGUGAUGCCAGUGCAUUGUUCGGAGGAACCUCUAAUGCAACUGAUCCAUUUUUUUCAUCCAUUACACCUGCCGAAGAUUCUUCCUCUUUUUUUGAUAAUGUUAGUGCACCUGCACCAGAAAAAGCCUUUGACUACACACACCAGGCGCAAGCUCAUGAUACUCAAUAUGAUUAUCAGUCACAGAAAACUUAUAAUCACACCACCGAAGCUAAUACAACCGGACAAUACUACAACCCUACACAGCAAGCAUACGACCCUUCGCAACAGCAAUAUGAUCCAUCACAACAAACAUAUAAUCAGUCACAACAAGCCUAUAACCAUUCCCAUCAGGCUUACGACCCUUCACAGCAGGCUUAUGACCCUUCGCAACAAGCUUACGACCCUUCGCAACAAGCUUACAACCCUUCGCAACAAGCUUACGACCCUUCGCAACAGGCUUAUGACCCUUCGCAACAGGCAUACGAUCCUUCGCAACAGGCAUACGAUCCUUCGCAACAGGCAUAUGACCCUUCGCAACAAGCAUACGAUGCAUCGCAACAAUGGAUUGCAUUUGAUCCUAAUCAGCAUUAUUACUAUGAUGAACAAGGCCAGCUUCACUUUUAUGACCCCAACACAAAUCUGGAUGUAGAUUAUCAAUACCCGGGCACAACUGAAGAGUACCAAUUUGACCCUCAGUAUGCACAGUAUUACGACCAAAAUGCUUAUGCUGCGAAUGACCAAGUUGCAGUAGAUCAGCCAGCAGCUACAUCGGUGGCGCAUUCGGAUGCACAGCCCCAGUCGGAUUCUUUAGCAACCCACCCAAAUACUAAACCAUUGCAUGGCACAGACUCAUAUCUUCAUGAUACACAAGACUACGCUCAAUUUGAACCAUCAGCCACAGUCACUAAUAAGUCAAUGCCAUCUUUUGAGGCUGAGCACUCUCACCCUCCUAUAUCUACAGGGGUGUCAUUCGAUAAAGGAGAAACAGCUGGAUCAUGGAAGGAUAAUUCUGUUUUCAGUCCUGGCGAACAUGAAGCAACUGUUCCCACUAUAACUCAAACUACAGUUACAGGUGCCGCAGAAGUACCCGUAAUGGAAGAGGAUGAGGACGAAUUAAAGGGUGGGUUACCAAUGAAGAAGACCGAGAGUGAACAGAUGAAUGUGUUCCAAAACGAACUCGGGGCUAGCGAUGGGUAUACAUCACAUCAGAAAGAGGGAUUUUUCUACGGUGAUCAAGUGUAUAAGCCCGAGGAACAUAGUGUCACUCUCCACAAGAACGAUGCAGAGGAUCAGACACGAUGGGACGAACAAGGAGAGUCAGUAAACUUUAAUCAAUACGAUCAUUCCUAUGGAUCUUCAGAACCGGUUGUAUCCAGAAAUGUAUCUGAAAAUAAUGAUAAAUCAAUAUUGGAAACCGAUACCACAAAAGAGGUUGAUGUAUUUGCACAUUACGGUAACAAUCAGACAAAAGAAAAGUUGCCCGAGAAGGAUGUUGAAAAUGAUUUAGAUGAUCUUGUUUUGGGUGAAAGUGAUCCCACCAAAGGUGUUCAAGAACAUACCACAGACUACUCCAAUAAUAUGUACAACAAUUCUUACGAGCCUCAUACUCAACAAGACUAUUCUGUGGCUUAUAGUCCUUAUGAUCAUACAUCAACUAUCUCUGGUGAUGCCGAGAACACUCCAUCUUAUCAAAAUUCUUAUGAACCCCAGACUUACCAAGAUAACUCUACAGAAUAUGACGCCCGCGAUAUUACACGCACAUCUGGUACUACCAAGAAAGAAUCAUCUAAUGAGGCACAUACCAAACAAGACUACUCUGGGCAGUAUGACUCGCUUAAUACAACUUCUGCGAACCAUGAAAACUCAUAUGAGCCUUAUGGCGAGCAGAACUAUUCUGCACAGUAUGAUGGUUAUAAUCCAAGUACAGAAGAUGCAGAGAAUUAUGAUCAAAAUGGAUCGUAUGAACCUCAAAAUAACCAAGAUUACUCUGCACAGUAUGAUCCUAAUACUAAUACUACUGAACAAGAGCCGUCUUAUGGAUACCAAUCUCACCAAGAUCAUUCUACACAGUACGACAGCAAAAACUCUAGUUCGACAGAAAAGCAAUCAUCGUAUGAGUCACAAACUCACCAAGACCAUUCUAGACAAUAUGGAGCUUACAAUGCUGCUCCAACUGAUAGAGUUGUACCUUAUGGGACAAGCAGCCCAUAUGAACCUCCCACAACCCAAGAUUUAUCAACAAACUACAAUGAGUCCGAUAAAAAUCAGUCCCAGCUAAACAUAACCCAACACGAAAAAACAAGCUACGAGUUUUCACCUCAUAGUAAAGCAGAACCUUCGAUUCCUGCUAUUCACAGAGGUAGCUUCCCGGGUACCACUCAAGGAUAUCCUGUACCGUUUGAAGGUUAUAACCAUAGUCCUAUGGAGCGCUCUUCAACUGUCCCUCCCCCUCCUAUCUCGAGAAUGCUUACACCUCGACCGGAUAUUCCCCAGCCCUGUCCACACCCUGCAUGCGAAGGUGAAAAUAAAGCUCGAGCCAAGUUCUGCUGUGAAUGUGGUCGUCCCUUGGCUGGAAUCUCUCGAUCCACUACACCUGCUGCUCACUCUACACAAAGCUUCCUUUCUUAUACUCCAAUAAAUGCCGAUCUUCGCUCAUAUGCUCCAACUGCUAUGGAAUCCUCUCCUCCUGAAGCUCAACGUUACACCCCUAACCAUCUUCACCCAAACACACAGGAUAAUCAGGAAACCGCUGUACGUGCUUUUAUCCCCGAGCAUCACUCGCCGUACGAAAAUGCAUAUACUGAGGUCUCUGCGGUGGAUAAUGGUUAUGGAGAAGAACUUGACUCGACUGUCAAGAGCAUGUCGAGCUUUGUUGGGCCAGUUUUGUUCGAUGCCAAAUUGAGUGCCAAAGCAAAGAAGAAGGAGGUACUGGCUUACAUGGAUAAGCGACUAGCAGAUUAUGAUGCUCUCUUGAGUGAUGCCUCAAAUAAUGGACAUGCACUAGAUGAUAUUGAGAACAAGACACUUUUGUGGAAACUGGUCAAGGUUUUAAUUGAACAGGAAGGCUCUCUUGGAGACAAUGAUAAGAUGGACGCAGCUGUGCGUGGACUUUUAUGGCCUGUAACAGCAACAACAGCUGAGGAGGAUAAUGCCAACUUCAGUGUUCCAGCUUAUGGACAGGCAAAUCCGGCUCUUACUGAAGGAGAAGAUGCAGACUACUCUGAAGUUGUGCUAAAUAAGCUCCAAAAGUUCCUUGAGAAUGGUGAUCGUGAGGGAGCUGUCGACUACGCAGUACAAGAGGAUAUGUGGGCCCAUGCUUUGGUAAUUAGCAGUUGCGUAAACAAGGAAUUAUGGAAAAAGGUGACAAGCGAAUUCAUUGAGCGGGAACUCUGUGCAACUGUGGAGAGUAAGCAAACACGCGUCUAUCAUAAUGUCAUGGGUGAUAAACAGGCUUUGAGAGUACUGUAUGCUCUGUUUGCUGGUUCAGGUGCCGGAUCAAUAUCUGAGUUUGUUAAAACGUCUGAUAAGCAUGUUACAUCGCACUAUGGAGCUACCCCUACAACGCCUUCCCCUGUGAGCGUAGAUCAGUUGAGACAAUGGCGCGAAACACUGCUGCUUAUUCUUGCUAACAGAACACCAAGAGAUGUGGAAGCAAUCACUGCUUUGGGAGACAUAUUGAAAGCUCAAGGAUGGAUUGAAGCUGCACACUUUUGUUAUGUGGUAUCACCUCAGUCCUCUUUGCAUUCUGGAAUCGAUGCCCCUCAUGUUCGUUUUACGAUUUUGGGUGCUGAUGGUAGCAAUAUCUCCAAGGAUCUGGACAGUAUCCAUCUUAGCGAGUUAUAUGAGUAUGCUCUAUCCACCAAACAGGCAACUAUUUCUUCAUUACCAUUCUUGCAAGCAUACAAGCUUGUUUAUGCAUGGCAACUGGCAGACUACGGGUUCACUUCUCUGGCACAGCGUUACUGUGAGGCUAUUGCUGGAGCGAUUAAGGCGAACACAAAGAGAACACCAUGGAUGCAUAGACAGUUUGUGGAAAGACUUGAAGAAUUUGCCGAGAUUUGCGAGAUUUCCAGUGGAAACUCCCUUUCAGGGGAUGCCGGCUCUUGGCUAAAGACAAAACUAGCAAAGAAUUCACUAGACUCCUUAUGGGGCUCUCUUGAAGGAAGAUUUAACAAAUUCGUGAGCGGUGAUGAUGCACCAGCUGCUGAACCUGUUGGUAGAAAAUCGACUGAAAUUAUGGCUGACGGUUUGCCAGCUCGUAGUGUAUCAGCCUUUGACUUUAGAAAUGGUGGCCGUACAAGUGUGGGGCCUGAGCACAUGAGACGUUCGGCCACGCCAACCACUACUGUGACAGCAGAAGGAGUUGCACUUGAAAGACAGAUGACCUCUUCUCCGUAUUCUAGAGCUCAAUCUAGCUUUGAGGUAUCUCGUAAUGCUACCCAAAGUCCAGCUAUUGGUGGCCAAGACAAGCUUAAUCAAGGCUACGGCGGUUACGGCGGUUACGGCGGUUACGGAACUCCCGGCUAUAGCUAUGGUCAAGAGCCAGUACGCCCUCCCACGGCUACAUACUCCCCAUUCCAGCAAGGGAGUGCACCACCACAAGCGCCUGGUCAAGCUCAAAAUGAAUAUGGAUACAGCCCUCAAACAGCUCCAUAUGGAAAUAAUCAAUCUGGCGGUUGGUGGGGUGCUGACCCGGGCGCAGAACAACCUGUAGAGUCAAAUAUUCAACAGCCUGAUUACCAACAACAACAACAACAACAACAACAACAACAACAAGCACCUUCUAUUAAUACUACUUCUAGCUACCAGCCUAGUAACUAUGCACCUUCUAGCACUCCUGCUACAUCUACAUGGGCUGGUGGAGAUGAUGAUGAUCUUGGCUUUGGUAACUCUAGUCUUAAGAAGGAUAAACCUGCUCCCAGUGGGACUUCUGAUGGACCUAAUAAUGAGUCAACACAAAACGAACCUGAAAAAGAGGAGAAACCUCAAGAAACGAAGCAAGAAAAACAUGGAUGGGGAAUCUUUUCUCUUUUCUCUCGCUCCUCUGCGCCUGCUGCUAAGGAAGAUAAGAAGGCCAUCAAGGCAAAUCUUGGCGAGCAAAAUAACUUCUACUAUGAUGAAAAAGAAAAACGAUGGGUCAACAAAUUGGCUGAAAAUAACACACCUGCGCCAGCCGCAUUGCCACCACCACCAAAGUCUUCUUCUGUAAAUCCAACUCGUGUAUCUUCUCCCGCAGGUCCCCCACCUCCAUCACAAAAUGGCAGAGCAAGUCUUGCUCCUCCUCCUCCUAGCGGACCAACACGUAUGAGCUCAGCUCCUGUACCAGGAUCCGGACCUCCUCUUGGAGGAUCAUCUGGAAUAUCUUCACCAGACUUUGGUACCCCACCACCGCUUGCAGGAAAGAGGGCAAUGACAACCGGCGGAAGAAAGCCUAUGCGGUCACGAUAUGUAGACGUGUUUAAUCAGCCACCUUCUAGUUAAAAAAAAUUAACAAACUGGAAACAUAUAUCACUAAAACAGAGUGUGAGAGUAGAUCUAAUUAAUCCUAAUGACUUAUUUUUAUGAAUAUGAUAAUAAAAGCAUCCUUCUUAAAUAUUUACAGAU